GCUCGGCGUUCUGUCGAAGCUAAUUUUCGCGCAGAGAGAGACAGAUGGCAAAUCAAGGUGCGAAGAAGCGCAAGGAAGAGAACGCUCGCCACAUGGCCAAUCUCCGUCGUCUCAUCAUCGCCUGCAACGUUGUCUAUGUCUUGGUGAGAAUGCUGAUUUUCUAUUCAAGCUUCACAUGGAAGCAUUGGAUUGGACUGGCGGUGACGUCCGCGGCGUAUCUAAUACCUUAUCAACAACUUGCCCAAAUGGCAAAACCAGCUUAUGCUGGUGAUGGGGAACUUAUAGAUGGUGGGUUUGAUAUGUCUACUGGUGGAGUUUGUGGUUAUUUACAUGAUGUAAUCUACAUCACAAGCUUCGUGCAAUUAGCGUCCAUCAUCUCUGGAAAAUUUUGGUAUACGUAUCUGGUGAUACCGGCAUUUGGAGCA